CUCGCUGUUUCCGGGUCUCAGGAGCGCGACGGAGGGGCGGGGAGGUGCGGGGGAGCGGCCGACGGCUAACACGUCGCUUUAGGGUAGAUACUUUUUUACCCUGAAGUACCGCUUAAACAUCUGGCUCGGCCCCCUGGUUCCUUCACGUACCGCAGCGUUACACCGAACAGAUCCCCCCCUUGAGCGUAACGUAAUCAAUGAACGGCCCCCAAGCCAGCGUAACAUCACGCUCAACUCAAUGGAGCACUUCGCUCACAGGUGGAUGCAGAGCAGCGGACUCCAGCAGAGCAAUCAACGUUGCACAGCGCGGGACGGCGGUUCGAGUGGAGCCCUCUGAGUCUUGUUGGCGCUUGUCUGCAGACUUCACUCCCGUAAGCCCAGCACGGAACUCAUCAGUGCUUCACGUCCCACCCAAAUGGACCGAUCUCUCCUGGACCUGCCCGACGACGCGCUGCUGGCCGUGCUGGCGUACCUGGGGCCCCUGGACCUCAUGACUUGCCGGCCGGUGUGCCGCCGCCUCCGGGACCUCAGCCUGCACCGGUCCCUUUGGCGCGAUGCCCGACUCAAGAUCCGGGGCGAGGCCCUGCCGAUCGCCGCGCUGCGCCUGGCCCCCUGCCUGGCCGAGCUGGACGUGUCCCAGGGGAUGGAGCUCGCGGCCUCCGCCCUGUCCGACAGUGCGUGCGUGGUCGCUAGCCUCAGGCUGGGUGACGAUGGCAGCGGGGACGGCUACUACGCCCGAGAGGUGCUUCAGCGGGUCGCCAAUCUCGGGGGCCUCAACAAACUCGUAUUAGAUUUCAGCCCGUUUGAGUUAAAUGAUUCACGGCCCGUCUACAUGAAAGUGGACUGGAAUAAUCCCUGCAACAGUUGGGAAAUGCCUAACUCUCUAUUGGAGCUGGUCUACAAUCUAGAUAUCCGUGAACUCAGCCUGAUCUGUGCCGCACCGUUGAUUCCAACACCGUUCUUGGUUCGGGCUGGCGGGGGAGCCAGGCCUUGUCUGACCAAGCUGCGUUACCAUGGCCUUGACUUUCAUGAAGUUGAUUACUUCCUCGAGUAUUUACUGCAAACGCACGCGUCAACUCUGACGUACGUGUAUCUGCCUCCUCGCUACCUCUCCUUGUCCACGCUUCAAAGUAUGCCUAAGCUGCAGUCCGUGAGUUUGGAACUUUGGUCAAUUUCUGAUGAAGCUGACGAUGCUGGAGCCAUUGAUGGUGAUGCUGGAGAAGAUGACAACGCUGGAGAUGAUUUUCCUGUAGAUGAUGAUCCUGAUCAUGCUGCACAUGAUGAUCCUGUGGGUGAUGACGAUGGACAUAAUGAUCCUGUCGGUGAUGAUGGUGGACAUGAUGAUCCUCCUGAAGGCGAUAAUGCUGGACAUUUUGACCCUGUAGGUGAUGAUGGAGAUGAGGAUCCUGUUGAGGAUGAUGCUGGAGAUGAUGGUCCUGUGGGUGAUGUUGAAUUUGAUGAUCCUGGAGAAGACGAGGCAGGAGAUAAUUAUGAGGAUGCUGGAAAUGAUGGUCCUGUAGAAGGCGAUGCUCCCGUAGUAGUUCCAUUUCUGGGGCUGGGCCCGCAUGACGAUGUAGGUGUCUUCCCUCCGGGAGCACUUGAGUUUCUGGGCCUCCAUCCUCAACUAAAAUUUAAGGCACUGCGUGGCUUUAUUGACCACGAAUCCAUUUUGACUGUUACCGAAUCCCCUUUCGCCGACGUUGUUCAGGAGCUUGUCAUGAUCAUUGACUCUGACAUUGCGUGGGACCUGCUCAGCUCUUCACUCUACCGGUUCUCUUCCCUGACGACACUGUCCGUGAAUGAGAUCCCCUCGGAAGACUUCUUGCAGGCAGUUACUCCGGCAUCUGCGCCGUGCCUCACCAUGCUGAAGUUCGAUACGAACCACCACAUUCACGACGUGCUGCACGAGCCCGCCAUCAAGGACCUCCUCCAACGCAACGAACAGCUGCACCUCCGCCUUGAACACGCUGGCCGGAGGGUCCCGAGCGGGUGCGACUGUCGGUGGUGCCUGCACAAGGCCGAGGGCGGCUGGAAGUACUGGAAUACUUUCGCAUCGCACAGCUGGGCGGCCGAGUGCUGCGGCACCUACUGCUUCCAGUGGCCCUGAUGAUUCGCCGUUCCUCCUAUUGCAUCAAGUUGUGGUGGUUGCUUCAUGAUGUACUUUUACUGACAUACGUUCGCGUGACACAGCUUGGCGACGGAGCUCUGAUGAUUUGCCUCUCCUCGAAUGUACAAUUUUAUCAAGUGUUGCCUGUUGCUUCAUGAUUUACUUUUAAUGCUGAUCUCAGUAUCUGUUAAUUCCUUUCUAAAUUGUUUACUCAUGGUGGUUUGGGCCUCCCCAUAGUGAGCGCUAGCGCACCUGUGGCUACACUCACAGAAAAUGCCUCACUCUAAAAACGUGUAAUAUCUAAACACAUAAUAAAAGUAACAUGCAAUAAAUUUAUUUCUGGACUUAGAAAAAAAUCGCGAUGUCUUC